UGGGGUGUGUGUGUGUGUGUGUGUGUGUGUGUGGGAGGGGGGGUAUUUAACAAACCAUCAGGGCCGGGCCACCUGUCAGUGCGCCGCUGAGAGUCUUCCAGAGCGUGUUCUUCACACCAGCCGCUACAAGAGAAAACGAGCUCCGGGAAGAUGACAGCGGAGCUUCGACCGUUUGUCAUGAAGAGGGUGGACCUCCACAGCCAGACCAACAACAGCGAACACCACACCAGCGAAAUCUCCGUGGAUCAGCUGAUCGUGAGGCGAGGCCAGCCCUUCGCCCUGACCCUUCAGCUGACGCGACCUUUCGACCCUGACCUUCACCCGCUCACCAUUGUCGCAGUGACUGGUGAAUAUCCAUCUGAGGACCGUGGGACGAAGUCGUGCUUCGGUAUCCCGGACAGCGUGCAGCGUUCACCCUCAGCAAAGGCGGUGUGGCAGGUAAAGCUUCACGGGAGCUCCUCCCCACGAGUGGGGGCCUUGACUCUGAUAAUUACUCCCCCGGCUGACACCCCCAUAGGAGAGUACGUGCUGUCUGUGAAACACAGGGACGAGGAAACGUUGCUGGCAACGCUGGUGGUGCUCUUCAACCCCUGGUGUCCCGAUGACUGGGUGUUUCUGCCAGAUGAGGAGGAAAGACAGGAGUAUGUGAUGAAUGAACAAGGAGUCAUCUACAAAGGUAGUGGGAACUACAUCACCCCUAUGACCUGGGACUUUGGACAGUUUGAGGAUAACAUGGUGAAGAUUUGCAUGAAGAUACUGGACGUCAACCACAAACACCUGAAGGACCCGGCUGCCGAUGUUUCUGCUCGCUGUAACCCCAUCUACGUCAGCCGCGUGGUCAGCGCCAUGAUCAACUGUGAAGAUGACUGCGGCGUCCUGCAGGGACGCUGGAGAGGUCCAUAUUGGGGCGGGGUCUUACCCUCUCGCUGGAACGGCAGCCACGCCAUCCUUAGGCGCUGGUAUAACAUUGACUGCCAACCGGUCAAGUACGGGCAGUGCUGGGUGUUCGCCGGCGUGAUGUGCUCAGUGAUGCGCCUGCUGGGCAUCCCCUGCCGCGUGGUCACCAACUACCAGUCGGCUCACGACAACAACAGGAAUCUGACCAUCGACGUGUACCAUGCCGACUACGGUGUCAGAGAGAAGCAAUCCAAGGACAGUGUCUGGAACUUCCAUGUGUGGGUGGAAGGGUGGAUGAGACGUCCAGACCUGGCAGAAGAUGGUAAAUAUGACGGCUGGCAAGUUCUGGAUCCGACGCCACAGGAGAAGAGCAAGGGUAUUUACUGCUGCGGUCCAGCCCCAGUCACAGCCGUGCUGAAUGGAGACACCGACCUCAAAUACGACGUCCCGUUCGUCUUCGCUGAGGUCAACGCCGACUGUAUUGACUGGCUGGUCAAAGCUGACGGUUCAAAAGUGAACAUCUUCUCUGACACCAAGAGAGUCGGUCACAAUGUCUCCACCAAGUCUGUCGGCUCCAACAAGAGGAAGAACAUCACCGACGCGUACAAGUACAGAGAGGGAUCGGUGAAGGAGAGGGAUGUCUUCAAAUACGCCAUCAACAGAGAGUACUCCAGAGAUGAGGAGACCAAGGAGAAUAGAGAGACGGAGGGGAGCGAGGCGGUGAAUGACACCAGUGAAGGUCCAGCUGAAGAAACCCCGGACAUCGCGCCAUUAUCCAUAAGAUUUGAAGAGGUGUCCAGGCCGACGAACGGGAAGGACGUGAGCCUGAAGCUGGUGCUGCGCAGCGAGAGCAGCGUUGCCAGGCCGCUGUCCGUCAGCAUCAGCGUGGAGGCCAUGAGGUACAACGGCUCACCGGCCGUGAACAUCCAGACCGAGGAGAAGGAGGCGACGCUGCAGCCUGGCAGAGAUCUGUCCAUCCCUAUCCUGGUCCCGUUCUCGGCCUACAGUGAACACAUGGUGCAGUGUGACAGCAUGAAGGUUUCAGCUUUGGUCACAGACAAACAGAGGCCAGACAACAAAUACCUGGCUUUGAAUGACAUUGUGCUGCUGGACCCUCCACUCUCCAUUACAGUUCCCAGUCAGAUCAGACUGACCCGUGAGGCAAGCGGGGAAGUGAGCUUCAUGAACCCGGUGAACGAGACGCUGACCAAGUGCACGCUGACUCUCUCUGGAAGCGGCCUAUUGAAAGAGGAGACCGAAUACAAGCUUCCAAAUCUGCGGCCAAACACCCAGAUACGCAUCAAGUUCUUCUUUGUUCCCUACAAGACCGGCGUGAAGACUCUCGUGGCCGACUUCGACUGCACCCGCUUCAGAGACAUCAAGGCCAGCUGCACUGUCAGGGUCACACUGUAGAUUCUCAGUAUCGCGGAGAAACACUCACGUACUUUUACUGAGAAACAAUAAGUCGGAUGCAUAAAUUUCUAUUUUUUUUCACACAGAUGCUUAUAUAU